GAGUUCUGGCGCUGUGGGCACUGACCACCCACGGGAUGUACAUCCAGGAUUUCUGGAGGACGUGGCUCCGAGGCCUCAGGUUCUUCCUGGCCGUGGGAAUCUUCUUCUGCGUCGUGGCCCUGGUGGCUUUCUGCACCUUCCUGGCCCUGGCCAUCACCCAGCACCAGG